UAAGUUGUCUCUUCGCUAAAGACGCACACGGCUAGUGUUCAAUUCCACUGUGGGAGACAGUGUUAAUUAUAAGCUAUUUGAUCUUCCUGCUUGUGCUGUAGUGUUUUUCAUUGUAUAGGAUAUCCCUGACAGGAAGUCAGAACUGAUGAGUAUAACGUUGUGUGCGUGAUGUGAUAGUAAUAGUCAACACACGGUUGUGAUAAGACUGGUGACGUUUAGAACGUAGAUCUUUUGUUCUGAGCGAUCUGAGGAUCACACAGUGAUUACAGACUGUGACAGCGACCCGUGGAUAUUUAGGGAUUGAAGAACCUGUUAUUAUGUCCGUCUCUGUCGUUAUGGCUGACGAAGCAGAACUUCUGACGAACCAAAUGAAGAGGAGACAGGCCGAGAACAUUUCGGGAUCGAUCGGACGGGUUGAAACAACAGAGGAGCAGAGGAGCCGAAGAGAGAUACAGAAGAGAUACAUAGACGUUGAUAUUCUGAGUGUGGAUAAGAGCGAGGAGCUGGGAAGGAGUACAGAGGUGGCCAAUGCUUCAGGCGUCCACAACAGUCCCCAGUCUGAUGAACAGCACAGCGCUGUGCAAGGCGCCGAGUGUCGUUCCCCUGAGGCUACUGAGACAAAAGAGCCAAGAUCUGAGAUUUGUUCCACAAACUCGACGUGUUUCACAAAGGAUUAUACAGAGGACACCGGUAAAUCUGGGAUUAACCACGGAAGGGAAACCACCGCGGCAGCAGACACAGAGCAGGCAGUCAGAGCUGUAUCCAGAUCGGAGGACUGGUCACCUGAGGGCGAGAGCGUCUCGUCCACACAAGCACCACUGACCGUUUCCCCUUCCAACAAUUACGUCCAGUGGAGCGGUCACUCGGGCCGGGAUUUUCUCACUGACGUGAUUACAGGUUAUAAAACAAAGAGACGAGUGGGCAGAUCGCGAUUUGGUUUAGUGACCACCACGGCUGAGCGCAUUCGCCGUGCUGGGGGAAGGUUGGAACGAGGAGGUCGGGACACUCGUGUGGUGAGAGUCGCGGACCAUGGAGUGACCAGCGGUCAAGCGGCGGCGGCUAGUCUGUAUACGAGCUACUGUCAGUUUGUGGCGGAGACCGAACAGUUGGAGCAGAGAGGCCACGGGAAGGCGGAGAGUUCAGAGACAGGGGGAGAUAACCCAGACACCGGGGAGACUGGUGGACAACACAGAGUUGGGGCGGAGUCAAAUUCCGAAAACCAGUCUUCGGAAAAUUCUGAAACUGGCGGCAGUGAUAAACAACAGAACACAGAAGCCAGCAACACAAACCCCGACGAUCUUACUCCAGAUAACACAGAAGUUUUUGACUCUCAAAGACAGGAGAGCGCCGCUAACAAUUCAAAUCCUGAACACCAAAAUCUCGAGCCGAUCGUAAGUAGCACCACUCCAGUAAGCGACGCGAGAAGUCAGGACGUAUCUCCUUUAGAAGAAACCCGACCCGAGAGUGAGGUAAACACUCUAAACAGGAACGAUUCUGAGGAAGAAAAUACAAGUUCGAGACCCACAACUGAAAACCAGAAAGACGGACCCACACAGCCACACUCGCUUGAAAUCAUUAAAGAGGAAACCGAAGACGACGCUCCUACUGAAGAUGUAAACUCAUCUGUUGACUCUGGGGAGAGAAAAGCGGAGGAGCAGCUUAUCAGAAGUGCCAGAGCCUCCGUUUUGUCAGAGAUUUCCGAGUACAUUCUCAGCGUCACUGACAACGCUUUAGGGCAGUACCGGGAGCAAGUGACAGAAACCGAAAAGGAAGAAGACCCGGAAGAAUUAAAGACAGAGACCCAAGAAGAAAAUAUCUGUAGUUCUGAAAAAGAGAAGUUCACGGAUGUUGUCGAUGGUUCGUUUGAUGAUUCGGAAAAUAAGGAAAGUGUUGUAAUACCUGAUGAUAUUCAAUGUGGUAAGGGAGACGAUUCUGUACCCGAGGGUAAGCUUGGCGAAACUUCUAGUCUCGCGUCGACUGCUAGUUCUUCUAAGUCGGAAAAAGUACCAGUUCCUACAACUUGUGAGGAUCUAGACACCCCGCGGGAUCUUGUCGGACCGACAGUUGGAACUGGCGAUUCUGUUUCUGAGACCGGCUCUUUCGAUUUUGUAGACGGGGAGUGUGGGCUGUCAGAAAAAAGAAACGUUGACACAUCUGAAGAUAUUCGCGAUAGAAAUAAUACUCUUGAUGAGGCAGAUGAGGAGACAUUAAACGUAGAUGAUCAAAGUUGUGAAGAGCCUGGUGCACAGUCUUCCGAUCAAAGGAGUGUAUUGUGUGAAGAGGAUCACAGAUGUGCUGAGCAAAAUUCAGAAUUAGAAAGAGAGAACUUGGAACAAAGAGCAGACGAGGUACAAAGUCUAGUCGAGCCAGACCUUGAAGCUGAAUCGAAAUCGAAUGAAAUAAACCAAGAACAUUUCGGAUCGGCAGAUGUUUCUCACAAUCCCCCAAUAGCAAACGGCACGACAAGUGAUUGCCAAGAGAAUCAAGACUUUGUAGAACAAGUACAAGUCAGAGCUAGUUUGAGCAACAUAGACAAUAGAGAUAACGUCCAGGAACCGACACUACCAGAAGGCAACAGCAGUGUUGACGCACAAAAUAACUUUUCAGAACAAGGAUUAGAAAAUUCGACAGAAGAGUGCGCGUCUGAUCGUGGGUCUAUCAAAAGUGGAUCGACAUCGAGUUUAGAUUCAAAUAAGUCAGUUCGCAGUCAAGCUACUUCAGUUCACAAAGGAAAUGAAGAUUCAGUUGCUAAACUUAGUUCGAAAAGGAAAAGUAAAAUACGAGAAAAGAUAAAUCAUAAGUCGUUACCACAGGACGGUUUAAGACAGAAGGAAUCUUCACAAGAACAUACUCUCAGAGAUAAAACAUCAAUUUCUAGUCCUACAAAGUCCGUUGGUUCCGGUCAAUAUUCAGACGACUUCGACGGCGAUGAGCAACACUCCAGGGGCAGUGCCUCACCAACGUCACAGGUCAGUAAACAGUUGGAUGACGUAAACAGCGAGGCAGGAUACUAUGACGUCAGCAGUGAGCAGUCGUUAGAAGACAUCAGAGCUCACGAUACUGAAUUCUCUGCUGAAGGCGGAAAUUUAACACCCCGACAACGUUCAUUUAGACCAAGAACCGAACACACCGAUCUCGGUGACAGCGACGAGGAGUGUGAGAACUCCAGCAACCAUAGAGCUGUUGCUCCAGAUCUGACGCUGUUGCAAGAAAAUUCUACCGAAGAGCGUGCUGUUGUUGGUCAUUCCACUCCCAACAUGCAGCAAAGUGACCCCUCGUGCCAAACUCGCACGGUGAGGCCUAAAUCUAGUCACCCGAGGCGUCGGGGUCAAAACGACACCGACACGAUGAGCACAACGUCUAGCAAAAGAGGCCGCCUGUCCAGCGGUGCAUCUGCUUCAUCUCGGAAUUCAGCGACGGGAAGUAUUAGAAACAACAAAGAGAACCACAAGCCGCCCCCUCGCAGGCGGCAAGCCACGCCAGACGGCGGUUCGCCAAUGAACGACGACAACUCUAGCGUGUGCACCGAAGAAGGUUCAGCCACGCAGGGUAGAGCCACCAAAGGCGCCGAGACUUGGAGUCUCAACAGUGACGACAGCAGAGACAUCCACAAAACGGAUGACGUCAUUGGUAUGGUCUCUCACGCCAACUCUGGCGGUCAUGUGACUUCUCCUUCCCCAUCAGAUAAACAAAACUUACACCGACCAGAAUCUACUAAUGGUGAUGGAGGAGGAGGAGUAGGCAGAACUUUUCUUACAGAAGACUCAGAAUCUCCAAGACCGGACGCUAGUCAAGCACCCGGGGAUGACGGGUCACGUGAGGACUCUCUGUCCCUGCAGUUCCGGAAUGGCGGAGUCCAUAAACCUGGCACUUGUGCCGAGGACGCGGGAAUCUCUGGAAUUCCCAUCAACUCGAGCGCUCUCGCUGGAAGCAACAGUCCGGAUUCGAACCGCGACCGUUUGUCUCGGAUACAAGAAGCCGUGGAUCGUAUGUCUUACAUGCAAGGGAGCCUACAGGAGCUGUUUGGAGAGGCCAAGUCAAUUCUCACAGACUACCAGUCCCAACUCAUGACGCGUCCUAUCGUGGAGUUCGCCGACGAGGUUCCCGAGUUUACCCGAGCCUUCACGUCGCUCUCCGGAGCUUACCGAGCGUGCGAGGACGUGACUGGCGGAAUCAACCGGCAGCUCGGGGACAUCCGGUCGUUGACAGACGACAUCUGUGGACUAAUCUCUCACAACUACCAGUCUGCUGGGCUGGAGGCUUGGUCGGAUGGCAGCGAGAACUCCUGGCAAGAUACAACCUGUUGAUCACACCUUAAUUCAAGAGAUCAAAGCCAAAAAGCCCGUGGAGUGUGGGAAAUUACUGUCUUGCAGCCCGAUCGUAAGCAUAUAUCUUCAGACCAAAUUCAGCAAACCAUUGACCAUUACAUUACCGUGUCCGUCAAACCCCGCUCUCCGACCCCGCCGACCUCAGACGGCGGCCAACAGAUUGGGUGGGGACAGGGCGGAACCAAAAGAUACACGACCACUCAGCGCCAGACCUUUGUUUGGUGGCGGAGAGGCUGUCGCUGACUCGGAAACGUCAGAAGAAGUUCAUCUUUUGAUAAAGGAACCAGGAAGUUCCUGGACCCGGUCUGAUGACGUCACGCUUCUCCAAUCCAAAAAGAGAGACAUCGUAUCGUUUGAGAUAGCCCGGCGGUUUGAAAGAAUUGCCGUUAUUCGAACAAAACCGGAUGUGACGGCAGCGCAGUCGGAGAAGAUGAUAGGUCACGUGAUCAUGUCCUUGACCUACAAGCCGGUGAGCGUUGUGAUGAGGCAGAAGAGCGCGGAGCCUUCCAGUGUGGUGCUCACUUGCACACCGCCCUCCAACGUAGACAGAGUAAUCAAGACACUCGCAGAUGAGGGUUACGACCACGGGCCAAGGCCUGGGCGCGAACUCCAAAUGUCAGAAGGUCAAAGGUUGGAGCUCCGUUUCCGUGGCAACCUAGGGCUGACUAUGGAGGAUGUGAAACAGCAAGUGGCUUACAACACGCACAUACCUUUUAAGUUAAACUUUGAAGUGACCGAGAAGGACAAGUUCGCGCAGAAAGGCUUCGACAGUUACCGCGGCUUCUGUCAGCUCUUCACCACGGGCCGUGUGAAAAGGCCGCUAGAACCAGGGGAGGAAAGGGACAGAGUCACAGGUCAACGGGUCAAGGACGAGUGGGUGGACGGUGACCUCUUGCUCUGUGAGCAGUUGGUUAUCCUGCCUAAGCCCGAUCCCGAGACGCCAAGACCCCUGACAGUCGCACCAGUCAACUUUGUCUCUGAAGGUCUUGUAAACGACGAGCUGCUGAGGUUCCUGUCCACUCACCUACAGUACAGCGACUGGCGGAAACUGGCACAACUACUCACAGUCAAACGCUCCCGUCUGCAGGCCAUAUUACGUCAGAACGUCAACCAUGACGUCACACAGACCAUAUAUGACGUUCUAGUUACGUGGUCUAAGCGGCUGCCAAGGGCGCUAGACAGAGGGAGAUAGAAACAUCAAGCUAACAAACGGCAUUGUGGUCGUCAUCAGAUAUUGUUCUGACUUUCUGCUAUAAUGGCUUUGGACGUUAAAACAGGGAAAAAUCAUCUCAUCUUCUUGAAGCAACAAGACAAAAGACAGCAGAGACAGGCUGGCCUUGCAAUAUAUACCGUCCGCGCUUGGUUCUUUCUCCCGAUCUCUUUUAUUUAGCUUUCAUCAAAGCACUGGUCUUUUUGGUCUACACAUCGCCUUUUCUACUUAAAAACACACAAACAUAGUAUAUAUAUUAUACAGGUACAUAUUCUACGUGCACAUACAUAAUUAUAUAGAUA